AUGUGGCAGCUCAGCCUGCUCGGUGACGUUCUACCGGCCUUCAGGGCCUUCGCCCGUCAGCGAAAGCAGGAAUGCGAUGCGCUACGGGACACAAGCCCACAUGCCGAGGAUCUGUAUUUUCAGGCGCUCGGGUGCUUCAACGACUUGGACGCAAUUCGCACAGCCGUGGCUAAGUCACGAGGAGAAUGGACCCCGGGACUCGACGAGGAGAUCAUCGACCGACUACUGGAGGCGCUGAAUUCACGGGUAGAAUCACGCUCGAUAUUAGUCCGUUACCCCCGAUCUCGGGACUCAUCACGCUGCUGCCGAGCCAAGCUAAUUGCACUCCAGCCACCGAUCCGAUUUUUUGGUUCCGCCAAGCCAGUUGAAAAGUAUUCGAAGCUACGAGCGCUCAGCCUUUGUAUCGAGUCCCUGGACGAGGAGUCGGGCGACGAGGAAGAUUUGGAGGGUAACCUCUGCGAGUCUUAUAGGCGGUGCCUAGACCAGUCCAAUCUACGGAUACGUCUGUUGCAUCGAAAGGAGAGCUUUGGCGAGAGGAACAAGUUUCUCAGUCGUCUUCAACGAGCAUCUCGCCAUUUACUCAACCAGUACUACAAAGAAUACCGUUCUGAUAACGAUGUCAUCGAGCUGUCUCAACACCCAAGCUUCGGCAUCAAAACCCUGGCGAAUACAGCUUACGGUCUGCUGGAAAAGCACUCACGGUGCAAAUGCCGACAGCCCGUCGCGAGAAGGGAGGUUAGACUGAGUCUCACGGAGCACCGAAAAUUUCAACUGCGAAAACGUCAACAAGAGACCGGAAACUGGCGUCCAUCCAGCGCAGAAUUUGAGAUGCUUCUGCCCGUUUGUCAGGACGAUGAUCACUGGAAGAUUACGAAUGUCCAGGUCAAACCGUUGAUCGUGGAAACUUCCAGGCUAGAUCCGCGCAUUGGACCCGACAAGGAACUCAUCGAGAAGGAUAUUUGCCCAGUUAUACGGAGAAGCAGAACCACAUGCGUCCAUCUUCUUGCUGCCAAAGAGCAUUUGUGGGUUCUGAGACCGCCUCCUCCUGUCGGCAUGAGCUAUCACACGACGAUGCAGUCUCUUCGCGAACUCUUGGAUAGCAGUCCGGCGCUUUCUUCUCCUGACAUUCCGAGAUACGAUGAUAGGGAAAAGCUGCUCCUCUCCUACAUCCUAGCGACGUCGCUCCUUUAUCUGUAUCCGGGGGACUGGAUCCCGACGGAUUGGAGCAGUGACAAGAUCUUUUUCCCGCGGUACUCAGGGAGCAGACGAUCGCCCAUCUUUACAUUGCCUUAUCUAUCCGUCAACCUUCAGCAGGGUGGUGCCCCUCCAAAGGCUCCACCGGUGAGUCAAUAUCACAAACAUCCUGCUAUUCUGGCGCUGGGCAUCAUGCUCCUCGAGAUUGCAAGAGGCGUCCGAUUCGACCUAGCAAAUGGACACGGCACAGCCGAGCUUGAUCGAGCAGGCCGGUACAAUGAAUACGGCAGUGAAGCUCUAAGGAUCCUCAAUGACUUGGAGAGACAAGGCGAACGGCGUCUUUCCAGACGUAUACCUCCGGUCCUGUCCAAUGUCGUCAGGUCUUGCCUGAUUCUAAACCAACCCCCGAGCAUGGCAGCUGAGCAGAUGUCCGAGGAGGGCCCAAUACGGCAUUACAUCCUUGCUUGUAUUGUCACGCCUUUGGCUAUCGCCCUCACUGAGGGAUACCAUGUUUCACUGGACAAGCUACAGGAUAGUUCGGGCCUGGACCCUACGCCAGAGAGCCCUCUGCGGGUGACUGAACACUCUAGCUUCCAGAUCUCGAUGAAUACUGUCAAAUCCGGAAUAUCCAACCCAAACGCACUUGACCCCUUGACGUCCCCCUUACCCGAGAGAACUGAGUUCUGCCUCUACGGGGAGGAAGAAGAGGCUGUAAAUAACGUAAAGCUACGUUUAGAAAACGAAUGGUUCGCCUGGCUAGGUAACGUACAGCACCGGAUCAACGAUCUACAGUGCGAGCCGCACGGGGAGAGAGUAAGAAUCGCAAUUCUAGACUCCGGUCUAGACCUGUCAGAAGAUCAAAUGAACAUAUACAACGAGCGACGCGACCUCGUGUAUAAGAGCUGGAUUGAAGGAGACGACGAUGCCUGUAAAAAGGAUGAAGUCGGUCAUGGCACCCACCUGGCGACUCUCCUUGCCCGCAUCGCACCGCAAGCUCAGAUCCACGUCGCGAGGGUCUUCCGGAAGGCGAAACCCGACAUGAAAACUGAGCCCAAGAACGUAGCUCGGGCGAUCCGGCAUGCCGUGGACACGUGGAGGGUUGACAUGAUCGUCAUGGCUUUCGGAUUCGACGAGGAACAAACGUCAUCGGUGGGAAGAGACUCUCUCUACAAUUCAAUUCAGCAUGCCGCAGCAAAUGGCAUCACCAUGUUCGCGGCGGCAUCGAACGACGGCAAGAAUCGCCGAGACGGGGUCGCGUGGCCGGCACGCGCGUUGGAGGUCAUCUGCGUCCACUCGGCGGACGGACAUGGAACGCCGUCGGGCUUCACGCCCGGGCCGAGCGAUAAUCAGCGCAUCAUGCUCCUCGGCGAAUGCGUCAAGUCAGCGUGGCCGACCAAGCUGCGGCAGCCGCGGGGUUCCAAGUUGAUGAGCGGCACAUCGUGUGCGACUUCUAUCGCGGCGGGUAUCGCGGCUUUGCUACUUCACUAUGCGAGAGGUUUCUUGCCUGUGGAUCAAUGGAGGCAGCUCCGGCGAGUUGACUCGAUGCGGACGAUGUUCGGGCGACUGAGAGACGAUAGGGGCAAUGGCUAUCACUGGAUACGUCCAUGGGCGCUCUUUGACAGGAAGAACGACGAGGGUUGGAUCCAAGGGGAGAUUAAAGCAGCCUUACCAUGA